AUGCAGAUCCAAGAACAACUUGACUACGGCGUCCAUGAAGAUCCCCGCGGCACCACGAGAACGACGAUCCUCACCGCCGCAACGACCGAAGCAGAUGCAGCCGCCUCCGUCUCCGAGCCCGAGCACGUCGCCGCACGCGCCCCGUCCCAGUUUCAGACGGCGGCAUUCGCACGAGCUGAACCCCAGCCCGAGCACCUGGAUACUAUGACUCUGACGGCGUUAACGGACAUGAUGAAGUCGGAAGGCUCUGAGUCUUUCGAGGCCUCCGUCGUGACGCGCGUCUAUGCUGGCAAGUUAUUCGACCCGGAGAGUCUGGAGUUAUUGGAGAAUAGAGUGAUUACUGUCUCGGAAACAUUGGGCUUAGUGCUUGACGUGAGGACGUUUGAAGAGGCUGAAUACGGGGCAGAGACAGCAGUAUGGAAGGAUAAAGAGAAUCGAGGCGAGGUGUCAAAAGUUAGAACGGUGGACCUGCGGAAGUUGACGGUGUUGCCGGGUUUUGUGGACGCACAUGUACAUUUCUUCUUGCAUGACUAUGGCGAGACCUCAUGGGAAGACCAAGUAAACAAAGAAAGUCUUGUCGAGAGGACGGUGAGGGCCACAGUCCACGCUAAACGCACACUCAUGGCCGGUUUCACAACCGUCAGAGACCUAGGAACAGAAGGCGCCGGAGACGCAGACAUCGCCCUCCGCAAAUGUCUCUCAGGUCCCAACCCUCUCAUCCCAGGCCCACGUUACUUUUGCGCGGACCGCGCUAUCGCAUCCACCGGGAGCUACCAACCCAAGAGCUCAAUACACGUGCAUCAGGAAGGAGUGGACGGCGUUUCCGGUGCUGAGGUGGCAGAUGGUGUAGAUGAGUGCAUCAAGGCAGUGAGGAGGCAGAUUGGUGCUGGCGCUGACUGGAUAAAGGUAUACUACGGCGUUCGCAGCCGCGCAACCCUCGCCGGCCCAACACCCUCCAUCCGCACCUUCUCAGCUCCCGAAACAGAAGCCAUGAUCCAGACAGCUCACUUCUACGGCGUCAAAGUCGCCGUCCACGCCGCCAACCGAGAAACCUCUAUCAGCGUCCUUUCCCAAGGCGCAGACACCCUCGAACACGGCAUGGACCUCGACAACAAACACUCCUUCCAUCCUCCACGCAAAGGAGUCCACGAGCCUCAUCUGUACGACCAUCGAUCGAUGAAAGAGCUAUUUGCGAACGCGAUCUGGGUGCCUACUCUCGCUGUGUUCUAUAAAUCGGGCUUGAGGGAGAAGAACUUCGACCGCUGGCAGAGAAUCUCCGAGACGUUCAGGAAUGCGUUGGCGUCGGGGUUGCAGAAUAUUGCGUGUGGAGGGGAUACAGGGGCGUUUUCGCAUGGAGAGAAUGCGCUGGAGAUGCAGUUGAUGGUGAGGCUGGGGGCAGAUUGGAAGAAAGUGUUGAGGUGGGCGACGUUGGGCGGGUGGCGCUGCGUGCGGUCUAUGGCGUGGGAGGGUGAAGAGGGUGCGAGGCGACUAGCGAAUAUGGCGCGGAUGGGCGAGACUGCGACGGCCGUGGGGGACAAUGAGGUGCCGUUUGGAGUAUUGAAGAAGGGGUGGGCGGCUGAUAUCGUGGCCACGAAGGGCGAUCUGGAGAAGGACUUUGAGAAGGCUGUGGAUAGGGGCAGUAUUGACUUCGUGAUGAAAGCGGGGCGCAUCUAUAAGAUUGAUGGUCAAGAGGUACCCUCCCCAUAG